AUGAUGCUAGAUUAUUACCCAAUUCAUGCUAUUCUAUGGGUUUUAAUAUCGGUAUUAAUAUCACGACCACGACUGAGAAACAGCGUGGAAUUUCAGCAAUUUAUGGGACGCUUAGCUGAUGAAAACUUAAUCUUUCCACAGCCACUUUUUGGUGAAGAUAUUGAUCCUGAAGAUUUAGAUUCUGGAGAGUCAAAAGAUGUUACCAUCGAAACGAAGGAAAAAGGGGAUAACUCAGGAGAGACAUCUACAACGACAAAAGUUACUUACAGCAAUUAUCGUACUUUUACCUUUCGUGAGCCUCAAAAUAAAUCUUUCAAAAUCAAGAUACCAUCUAUUGCUUACUUUAGUGUUUACAUUUAUAAUAAAGAGCAAGAAAGGCAACAAAGCAAAAAGAAGACUAAAGUUUUUACAAAAUCAUCUUCCCUUCUUGAUCUACGUAAAGUCGUACCAAGUACACAGAGAGGAAGUUUUAUGGUACCCAAUUCGUCUUGGAAUGGCAACUCCAUUCCUUUAAUAGAUAGUAAUGGACAUUUACCUGGUAGCACAGCUAGUCUUAGCGAUGAACUUCGCUUCGAUGAUGAGUCGGUAGCCAGUAAUAGGAAGACCCCAAUCCUCAGAUUGCAAAUGACCAAUGAAUCACUCGCUGUUCACUAUCCAUUAACCGAUACUAUUUUACUUCUCCUUUGCCAACUACUUCAACCUCAUGAUUCUGUUUUCUGUGUUAGCACAGUUCAACAAGCAUUACUCUCCUUUUUUGGUAAAAAUAUUGAAAACGUGAUAUCUAGUGGAAUUAAGGAAUUUCUACGCAACUUUGGUUGGGACUACUAUUUUAACUAUCUUCAUACAUUUUUAUGGCCAGAAGGCAUUUGGCUAGCCAAUGCAUCAUCUAAUUCAACUAUAGAUGAUGAAGGAGAGAUUAGGAGAAAUGCUGAAGAAUGGAUGACGAAAGGGUGUAAUUGUGAGCUAAAAUUGUUUAUAGCAGUUAAAAUAUUUAACUAG